AUGGCAUCAGAGACAUCCUAUUCUUCUCCGCAGGUGAUCCGGAUGCUGUUCGUCGUAGUGGCGGAGUUCUUCAUUUGCUGGGCGCCACUGCACGUGCUCAAUACUUGGUACCUGUUCAGCCCAGACGCAGUCUAUAAGAAUGUGGGCCGCACGGGCGUGGCGCUCGUGCAUCUGCUCGCCUACAUCAGCUCCUGCUGCAACCCCAUCACGUACUGCUUCAUGAACCGCAAGUUCCGCGCUGCGUUCCUCGGCGUCUUCGGGUGCCGCAGUGUCGUGAAGAGCUUCGGUGUUUUGCCAGCUGGUGAGACGAUUAUUGUGAUUGCAGAAGUGCUGACGCUAGAGGCGGAGGAUCGUGUUUAG